AUGGAGAUACAGAUCCCAUAUUCCAUCAUCUUCACCUUCUUUUGCUUCUUCUUUCUGAUCUGCAAGCUGUCUUCUUCUUCCAAGAAACUGACCAAAACCCUACUUCCAGGGCCAUGGAAAUUACCUCUCAUCGGAAACCUCCACCAACUUGCUAGCUCACUACCUCAUCGUUCUCUCACAAAUCUUGCAAACAAGUACGGGCCCUUCAUGCAUCUUCAACUUGGACAGGUUUCUCAUAUCAUAGUGUCUUCACCAGAAUAUGCCAAAGAAAUAAUGAAGACACAUGAUCAGAUCUUUGCAAAUAGGCCCAAAAAUCUUGCCACUGAUAUCUUUGCUUACAAUAGCACAGAUAUUGCCGUUUCCCCCUAUGGAAACUACUGGAGGCAACUUCGAAAGAUUUUAAAAAAAUUGGAACUCACGAAUUAUAUAGUGGCAAGAGUGGCCCUUGGCAAAAAGACAAAGAAUGUAGAACAUGUCUUGCAAAAUUUAGAGCAGGUGACAAAGUUAAGCUCUGCAUUAUCAAUUUUCGAUUUCUAUCCUUCGCUGAAAUUUAUCAGUGUCAUCACUGGGACGAGAGCUCGAAUGAUGAAGUUGCACAAAGAUGGAGAUAAAGUGUUCGAUGACAUCAUCGGAGACCACGAAGAAAAGGAAAAAAAUAAUGUUGGAGAAGCAGAGCAGGAUCUAGUUGAUGUUCUCCUGAGGAUUCAAAAGGAUAAUGACUUUGAGAUACCGUUAUCUCUUGAAAACAUUAAAGCAGUUCUUAAGGAUGUUUUUUUCGCUGGAACCGAAACAACAGCAACUACAAUAAACUGGACCAUGUCCGAAUUGCUCAGAGACCCAGAGGCUAUGAAAGAGGCACAAACGGAGGUAAGAAUAGUCUAUGGAAGCAAAGGAUACGUGGAUGAAUCAGAACUUCACCAAUUAAAAUAUUUAAGUGCUGUCAUCAAAGAAACUCUAAGGCUACAUCCACCAGUAGUAUUGAUUCCAAGAGAGAACAGUGAAAGUUGUGAAAUUAAUGGAUACGUGAUAUCUCCGAAAACAAAGAUUAUCAUUAAUAGUUGGGCUAUUGGAAGAGAUCCCAAGAUUUGGAACGAACCAGAGAGAUUUGAACCAAAGAGGUUUUUCCAAACAAUGGAUGAUUACAACUUCAAAAGUUCAAACUUUGAGUACAUUCCAUUUGGUGGUGGAAGAAGAAUAUGCCCAGGAAUUACAUUUGCUACAUCCAUUUUGGAAUUGUUACUUUCUAAUUUGCUAUACCACUUUGAUUGGAAACUUCCAAAGGAGAUGAAAGCUGAGGGAUUGGAUAUGGAUGAGUCAUUUGGUGCUGUGGUAGCAAGGAAAAAGGAUUUAAGUGUAAUUCCUUUUCGAUAUUCUCCUUAAUAUGUAUAGGUUAUAUAUAUGUGUUUAAUUAUUAUCUGAAUGAAUGGUGUUUUCAAUACUUUUAAAUGUCCUUGA